AGCCGAGUGCAUUGUCGAAGGGAACCUCUUUUGUUUUGUUAGGACACUUGUUUGGAAAUAAUUUAAUAAUUUCGUGCUUUUCCGAUCCGUUUCAAUUACAAAGCGCGUCGCAAUGUGCCGCCGGCGCGAAUAAUAGUUGUGUGCGGCCGGUUCGAGCGUUCGUGUGAGCGCAACUCCGCAAUUACCGUGCGAUAAGACUGCGUCCCGUGCCAUAGAGGAAUCGUCGCCCUCGUCUUCGCCAUGGCUCCCGCAACAAGACACCAAGCUCGAGCAGAAGGGCGGUGCUUUUUAUUUUGCGCUACGCUCAUCCUUUGGUCGCUCCGCUGCGGAAUUCACGUGGCGGCAGAGGAGCGGACGGUCGAGGUAGGUGGGAAUGCCACCUUGCAGUGCCCCAUCUCGAACAGCGGAGUCUGGUGGACUUUCAACGGAAGGAAUGUAACCAGUGAAGACCUCAGGUACAAACCCUCAUCCAUAACUCUCAAUCAACACGAUAGGAAUGUGGUUCUGGAACAAGCAGAGAUCAUCAAACUGAACAAUACUCUUACAAUAAUCAAUGUAGACAUUAAAGACGAAGGCAAUUUUACAUGUAGAAGUUCUAGUGCCGACGCUUCCGCUGAUGAUUCCACAGCGGGUGAAACGACCAUUUUCCUCCAGCCAACAAUUCGAGCGAAAAUCGUUGGUGAACAAGCGGCAAAGGUUAAGAAAAAAAUUGAUGAAUCCGUUGAGUUAUUCUGUCUUGUUGAAGUCUAUCCCACCGAACCAUAUCGGACCCUGAUAAAAUGGCGAAAAGAUGAUGACAACACACUGUUAGAUUUAAAAAAUGAAACCACGAUUAAGGUAUUAAAUGCUACUCACAUCAACGCCACCUUCGAGGUGAAGAAAAUAAAAAAGAAAGAUAACGGCACGUAUGUGUGCUCUGUUUCGUCAGCCGAAACAGGAGAUGAGCUAACGAAUAUGAAAGUAGAUCUACUCGUCUUAGAUAUACCGCAAAUUAGUAUAGAUUUUGUAAAAGCUGUAGGAUCUAGCAAAAUAUUUUUAAAUUGGACUGUUAACGAUGGAAACUCGCCAGUGAGCAAGUAUUUCGUAACGUAUCUGCAAGGAAACAAUUCAGGGUUUACGUACUACAACCAUCCGAUCGAUGGGAAGAAGACCUCAUACGUGUUAGAAGGUUUCACGGCGAACAUGACAUAUCGCUUGAAAAUGUCAGCGAAAAAUGCAAUCGGAGAUAGUGCAGCAAUGGAGUACCCGCAUCCAGUGAAAACUCUAGAAAAAGACCCAGUGUUCAUACCGCAAAUCGAAGUGACAGGCAGUUCAUCGUCAACGAUGACAAUAGGGUGGCCGCCACCUCCACCCGAACUCUUAGAGUAUAUUGACUACUAUGAGCCUACCGUUUGGGAUGCCAGUGAUAAUUCUAGUAUAAUUGAAAAGGCAUAUCAUCCCCAGAACAGCAGAAAUUUGCCAUACAUGUUUGACAAUUUGAAAAGUAGAACAAUGUACAGUUUCAAGGUUCGAGCGUGCAGUGAGAUGACAAAACUUUGUGGACCAUGGUCCCAAACAGUGAAUGGAACAACGAUUGAAGGAAAGGCCAGUGAACCUUUAAAUGUGAGGACUGUUUGCACCCAUUACAAUAUAACAAGACGAAAUAGCGUCAAAGUCGACUGGGAUCCGCCAGCCACUCCGAAUGGAAAAAUAAUUUCCUAUCAAGUUAUCCUUAAGGGUUUAGCAACGUACCGUUCGAACGGAAGCAUGUUGAACGAAACUUAUGGUCCGAAAAUAAGAAACAUUGACGAGAAAAGCCAUUUCGCAACAUUUGAAGAAGUCCCGCCGAAUACUAACUACACUGUCGACAUUUCGGCGGUUAAUGGACGGAAACGGCCAGGUAACUCUUCAACAGGGACAUGCACCAUGCCAGUCACUGUUCCCGACCACAUCGGUAGAGUGAGUUGGGUGAAGAUUAAAGUUUCGGAGGAACAAGUUUUGAUAAGACUUCAUAUGGACCGGACAAGCGAGCGAAACGGACCCAUUUGUUGUUAUCGUAUUUACCUAGUUCGUAUCACGGACGCAAAUAAGCAUCUUCCGAUUCCUGAACAUCUGGACAUUUCUACAUACAGUAAGGUACACUCUCCCAAUAAUACAAGAGGUGGAGCUUACAUUGCAGAAAUGUUUUCGGGGGAGCAUUUUCGCUCAGAAAUUUUACUAGGUGAUGGUGGUAACGUUAUUUCUGAGGAAGAUCGCGCUUUGAAUGACGAAUUAUGUCGCAAGUGUUUGGAGGGAGUACCGUUUAGGAGACAAGCCAGAAAAGUAUUGAGAACGACACCUUUUACUACAACUGAAACACCAGCAGAAGAUUCUGUGAUUCCAGAACGUUCACAACGAGAACAGCUAGUCAAAGCAGGCAACUUAACACAGGCAGCUUCCAAAAUUUUGGGAAAUAAGCGGAGGCGUCGAAACCAACAGUCAGGUGCAUCGAAUCCGAAUCAUUUGUUUGAAUCAACAACGUGGUCUCCCACAGUUGAUCCAAAGCCAGAUUUAGAUGUUUUCGAUGGUCCUAUUGAUAUUUCGAGUGAUUACACGGGAUUUAUAGAAAUCGCGGUUCGAAAUGAUUUAAACGAAGGUGGAGACCGAGUAUUGUUUCUAUACAGCGACUACUUCGAAACCAUCCUGCCUGGGGCGGAAGCGCAGAAUUUGGAUGAUGUUGAUGAUGUGUCGUAUAUUCUGAAUAUAGUCGUUCAAGUCUUAUGUGCGCUUAUUGUCUUGGUAUUGCUACUGCUAGCUGCCCUCUGCUUCAUGCAUCGUUACUAUAGCAAGCAAGCGGUUCAAGGGGAGGAAGUGAUCAGUUUACGUGAUUCACUAAGCCGGGCGUUAUGCGGCGGCCGUACAAGCAAUCAUCGUCAUCUCAUCGGGUCAGCGCUCGCAAAACCAGCAGACAUUAGUCCGAUUUCAAAACAUGAUCUGGCCCAAGCCUACAUAAAUCGUCACAAGGAUACCGAUUAUGGAUUUCUGCGUGAAUAUGAAAUGCUUCCGAAUCGAUUCAAUGACAGGACAACAAAAAAUUCUGACUUUAAAGAAAAUUCCCAUAAAAAUCGUUAUCCUGACAUAAAAGCCUACGAUCAAACUCGAGUCAAAUUGUCCGCUUCAAAUGGUAUGCAAGGCUCGGAUUACAUUAACGCUAAUUUUGUAAUAGGGUAUAAGGAGCGAAAGAAGUUCAUCUGUGCUCAGGGUCCUAUGGAUAGCACAAUCAACGAUUUUUGGCGCAUGAUUUGGGAGCAACAUCUGGAGAUAAUUGUAAUGUUGACAAAUCUGGAAGAAUACAACAAAGCAAAAUGUGCAAAAUAUUGGCCAGAGAAAGUAAAUGACUCGAAGCAGUUCGGAGAUAUUACUGUAGUUUUUGCUUCAGAGCAACGCUAUUCAGACUAUCUCGUGCGAAACCUGGACGUCUACAAAAAGAAUGGAAGUAAUAAUGAAGACGAUGAAGAACGACGACAGAUUACUCAAUAUCAUUAUUUGGUAUGGAAGGACUUCAUGGCCCCUGAACAUCCACACGGCAUUAUCAAGUUUAUUCGACAAAUUAAUGCUGUGUAUUCAGUGCAGCGGGGUCCAAUAUUGGUGCACUGUAGCGCUGGUGUUGGAAGAACAGGCACUUUGGUUGCUCUAGACUCACUGACUCAGCAGCUUGAAGAAGAGGGUCAAGUUUCAAUAUUCAACACGGUUUGUGAUCUUCGACAUCAACGCAACUUUUUAGUGCAGUCAUUGAAACAAUACAUAUUUUUAUAUCGAGCGUUACUUGACAUCGCACAAUUUGGUAACACAGAACUGCCUGCUCGAGGACUGAAUUCAAUAGUGGAAAGUCUGAAACUGAAACCGAACGAUAGCAAAGAAAAGUGUAAAUUGGAGCUAGAGUUCGAGAGGAUCAAAUCUAUUCAAGAUGAAACGAAUAAGAGUUGUUCAGUAGGUAGUGGUGAAGAAAACUCAAAUAAGAAUCGUAGUGAAUUAGUUAUACCAUAUGAUCGCAAUCGGGUCAUUUUAACUCCUAUCCCGACACGAGAGCAUUCAACAUACAUCAACGCUUCCUUCAUUGAAGGAUAUGACAAUUCAGAGUCAUUUAUCAUUACCCAAGAUCCGAUGGAAAACACAAUAGGAGACUUUUGGCGAAUGAUAUCGGAACAGGGGAUAACAACACUUGUAAUGAUUUCAGAGAUCGGAGAUGGGCCGCGAAAAUGUCCACGAUAUUGGGCCGAUGAUGAAGUUCAGUAUGACCAUAUUUUAGUGAAAUAUAUGCACAGUGAAAGUUGUCCGUACUAUACGAGACGAGAAUUUAAUGUGACGAACUGUAAAAUUGACGAUACAAUUAAAGUAACGCAAUUCCAGUAUAACGGGUGGCCUACAGUCGAUGGUGAAGUGCCCGAAGUAUCUCGCGGGAUUAUUGAGCUUGUGGAUCAAGCUCAACGACAUCACAAUACAGAAAUGCACUUUUCUACGUUAAGUCCAAUUGCUGUUCAUUGCAGUUUGGGCACUGACCGGAGUUCGAUAUUCGUUUCUAUGUGCAUAUUAGUUCAACAAUUAAGGACUGAAAAGAAAGUUGACAUUUGCACAACUGCGCGAAAGUUGCGAUCCCAACGAAGUAUGCUUUUAGACACAUAUGCACAAUACGAGUUCCUGCAUCGAGCCAUCGUGAACUAUGCUGACUUGCAUAAACUAUCACUGGAAUCUCCAUCCGACUAGAAUCUCAGAAGCGGGGGAAUGCUUCAAGGAAUGAUAUAGACUGUCGAUAAACGGGAUUUGUGACAUACUCAUUAAACAUACACACAAACACACAUAUAUGGCAUGUUAUCUAUACAUACACACGACACAUUUUACAUUUUUUUAAACAUUGGAAAUAUUUUUAUUGCUUUGUUUUUUAAGUUUUUUUAGAUAAAAAGUCACACUCAACUUUUAUUUGUGAUAUGACUUAAUCGUGGCAUUUUCAUAUUUUUAUUUUAACUGUCCUCAUCUGCUCCAUUUGUUUCAAUUGACACACUUGGAAUGGAAGAAUCAAAGGUAAGUCUUUUAGUAACUUGAUUUCUUCGUUACAAUAAGUUACCAGCAAUAUGAUGAUGAUAAAAAUACAUACAAAUAAUAGCCGCACUGAGAAUGCACAUGCUCUGUGGAAAAGUUAAACAUUUUUUAAAACGAAAAUAUUAUGUACGUAGGAAACGAAUAUUGUGCCGUCGCAUUAACAAUAAUUAUUGCUUUUUCAUGUGUAGACAAGUUUUACGGCAUUUGUGAAUGCAAAAAUCCAGUGAAAUAAAUAUAUAAGUUCUUGGGCUUCAUUUUCAUCCUAAGAUUAUUGAGAAGAAUUUAGUAUUGUACAAGAUAAAGAUGAAAUUAUUUUUAAUCUUUUUUAUAUAUAUUUUUCCAAAGCAUAUUUCUAUACAUUGUUUUGUUAUUGAAAUAUUCUUUUUUUUAAGAAGACUGCAAGGCAUAGUUAUGCUUGUAUUUAAAGCGAUAAUUUAUUUUGAAGAGGCUAAUGGGGAAAUGACGAAAAAAACUUGUAAUUUAUUUUGUUUGCGAUUUUUUUUAUCAUUUACAUGAUUGUAGGAUUAUAAAAUAGGAAUGCUGUCUAGAGUCAAUUGUGCUUGGAGAAAAUCAUUUUAGUUUUUAUCCGACUAUGUAUUUUAUCGUUUUCUUUGCCAGAGCUGGUAAGUUUUGUCAAUUACAUUAUCCGAGCUGUCUUAACAUUGAAUGAAAUCCAAUUAAUCUCAGAGGGAAGCUGAGGGUGAAUCUGUUUUUCCAAUAGAAUAAUAAUGAAACAAUAUCAAAAGUUAUACUCAGGCGUAUUUUCUUUUUCUGUUCAGAAGAGUGCAAAACCAGAUUUGCAGAACAAUUUUGUGUUCAUUUAUUUUUUAUACAAGAAACCAUACUUUCCCUGAUGUUGUGAUUAAUUCAACUUCCCAGUAGUGUGCGUUCCUAUUUGAGAAAAAAUACCAGCGAAAAAGCAGGAUAUCUGGUUUUAAUUAAGCUUAACCAAAAAUGACGGAUUUAGGUGGAAUUUCUCUUCACCAUUUUUCACAAGCUCUAAUUCGAAUGAUUAAGGUUUAUACCACACACACACAUAGUGUUUCCCGAUCAAUUUUCAAACCUUCUUGUCGUGAAUUGAUUCACGUAAAUUCCUUGCUCAACCAUUGCAUCUUUGCUACCAACAAAGUUUUCCCAGGAAUCAUGUUUCCGUGCUUGUGAUUACUUUUAUUAGGUCAAUUAACGUUUUUUUUUUAUCUAGAUGUGUUCGGUCAUUGUUCAGUUACUGCACGUGUAGGAAUAUGCUUUGUGUUUGAGAGCUCGAGAAACUCAAAACUGAAAUAACGAAAACAAUAUCCACAUGCCAUAAUCGAAAUUAAAAGUCUAAGCAAAAUUAAGACAAACUUUCACGCCCGACAUACGUAUAUUUCCGCUUCCUUUCUCUCAUAUGCAACUAAUAAGUUAUGUGAUUAAAUGUUUUGUCUUCGCUCCAUAUAGACUUUUUGUUGUUGUUGUUACUUUUUAAAAAAGUUGCAAAGAAAAACUAUGUAGCUAUAAUCAAACUGUGAACAAAACAUCGUUUUCAGAUGUUUGUUCAUUUCAAUUUGUUUAUAAUUGGAAAGUUUGUCUUGUCCUUUUUCUAACUGACGAUUCGACAUGAUUCUAGCCUUGAUAUAAAAAUAUUUUAAUGAUAAUCUAGUCUAUACACCUAUAACAUUUUUUGUUCAGUUUAAACGUAAAAGAAACACACAUUUAAUGACAAAUUAUAAUAUAAAUGGUAUAAAAUGAAAUAGAAGUAAAAUAUACACGAAAAUAUAUAAGAUAUGAACAAAAGAUGAAAAUGAAAUAAAAAAAAAACAUUUUUACAAUUUUUUUAUAAACCAAAAAUAUAUUUCUAUUUAAUGAAAUACAUACACAUAAUGGUAAUAUGUUUUCGCGAUUAAAUGUAAUGUAAAGAAAGUAACAAACCAGAAACAUAUUUGUAAUUAUGAAUAACAUUCUCUCUUAUAAUCAUUAUUUUAUUUUUUCAUUUUAAUUGAAAUAUAAAUAGAUCAAACGAUUUUUUCUUUUGUAUUUCUUCUCGAAAAUGUGGCGCUUUCAUACUCAUAUAUUUAGACUAUAAUUAUUAUUAUAAAUGAAAGUUUAGUAAGGAAUAAAGAAACUGAAAUAAAGUGGAA